UCAAUGCGGCCAUAUCAAUCUCAUAGCCCGAGCGCGCUCGGGCUACCGCCGAGGAUAAAGAUAAGAACGCGGCCCAUUCAAGUUAUCGUAUGUCCGAAGAUCGAAGAUGUUCACAUUAGGUCUCUCUUCAUGUUUUUGUAUGCUGGCUUUGGCGAGUUGGGCCUUUGCCAGAUCCCGGCGCUUGCCUCUUCCCCCAGGUCCACAAGGAAAGUUUUGGUUUGGAAACGAGGAGAUAUUGCCUUGGGAGCAUCCAUGGAAAGAGUUUGUCAACUGGUCCAAAAUAUUUGGGCCAUUAAUAUAUCUUUAUGCUUUUGGUCGGGACAUCCUCAUCGUCAAUGAGGCUAGUGCGGCCACGGACCUGUUGGAAACGAAGUCUACGCUUUAUGCCCGCCGUCCCACUUGGUCAAUGGUAGCUCUCACUGGACGGCAAGACAAUAUCGCAUUCAUGGAUCAUACUGAUAGGCAGAAGAAGGCCCGGGUGCUCCUUCAAGCUGGUUUAAAUCCAAAGGCGCAAAGGUCUUGGGGCCCAGUCCUUGAAGAAGAGACGACCAGCUUAAUGCUGCAGAUGGCACAAUCUCCGGAGCUAUUCAAGCAGCAUAUUCGAAGGUAUCUUGGGUCUUUCAUUACUCGAUUUACAUACGGGACAAAAGUAGAAGAUCAUGAACUCAAACUGGGGGACGAAAUUUCUGUUCACACCCAACAAGCUUUGCGGCCUGGACGCUGGUUCGCUGAUACUGUGCCUCUAGUAUUAUAUUUACCGGACUGGUUCCCUGGAAUGGCUUUCAAACCAUGGGCGAGGGACGCUAGGACAAAGUUCAUGGAGUAUACUGCACGACCUUUCCGACAGGCACGCAGUUCUAUCCUUGACGGUACUGAAAUGCGGGGACUGGUGCCCGACGCACUCAACGACAUCAUCGCAGGCACGUCAAAAUAUAAGGAGGAAGAGCUCAUCUCUGCAGCAUCAAGCAUCUAUACAGCCGCAAUAGAGACUACAUACGCGGUAUUCAUGGACUUCUUGAUAUUGAUGAUGGCGCACCAAGAUGUUCAAGAAAGGGCUUACCGAGAGAUUAUGAGCGUCACUGAGUCUACUAGACUACCCCUACUGUCUGACAUGGCUGCAUUGCCAUACGUCGAUGCGGUAAUAAGGGAAGUUCAUCGCUUUAAUCCCGUGACACCUAUGAUCCCAAGGUCGCCCAUGAAAACCGACUCGUACAAGGGCUACCGUAUUCCCCAAGAUACCUGGGUGAUGUUCAACAUUUGGGCAAUGACUCACGACGCGAGCAUCUACCGAGAUCCUCAUCAAUUUAUGCCUGAGCGUCAUUUGCCUUUGGGGCAUGAAAGCAGCGCCAGGGAUCCCCGAGAUUUCACGUUUGGAUUUGGAAAGAGAAUAUGCCCUGGAUUGAACCUUGCAAACGUACAGAUCUUCUUAUUCGUCAGUCAAUUUCUGGCUACUUUCGAAAUCAGACCGCUGUUGAAAGACGACGGCAAUGAAGAAGAGGUGGUCCUUGAAUAUACGUCGAGUUUUGUGAGCCUUCCAUUGCCAUUCAAGUGUCGUAUCAUACCGCGUAGCGGAAAUGCGAUUCUAUAUUGAAUUUCUUUUUUUGCGGAUGAAAGUUGAGAUCUGUACAACACCGCCUGAUUGGGCUGUAUGUUUCUUCGUGCAAGCAAGACCAAGUAAUGUACAUCAGUCACCAUCGAUAGGUCUGGAAUAUGUUCGAAAUAUGUAGACAAUGUACUUAUUAUAACAAUCGGAAAAUCAUUUAUUUGCUAUUAA